AUGACAAAUUAUCCAAGAGGAGGUAAACGUGCCAUGUUUGCAAAUCCAACAUUUCUUUUAGAUAAAAUAGCUCGAGAAUUUGGUCCUCAUAUUUGUUGCGGUCCUACUAUGGGUUGCUUACUAGGAACUCCAGAAGCACAUCAUUGCCAAAAAGAAAGUCUUUAUUCGCAACCGUAUGUUGCAGGUUUUGCAAUGUGUCGAGGAAAUAGUGGAAGAUGUGCAGCAAAUGGAAUAAUGAAUAACAUUCCCAAGAAUCAUGUUUCAUUGAUUCAUCAUGCAAAUUAGAUGAAACAGGAUACAAUAGAAAAAUUGGUGUUGAAUUUGGUUCAUUUCAUUUAGAAAAUCCUGGA